GCACACGAUCCUGCGCCAGACGCUCCUACACAGUAACCUGGAAAUUAUCACCGGCGGAGCAAAGUCACAGCUCAGGGAGGCCCUCCGCGUUGUCUGGCGGAGGAGGGGAGUGGCAGGUGAUCCUCACAGUCACUCUAGGAAAGCCAGCUGCCAUGACAUAAGGAUACUCAGGCCACCAAUGGACAGCCCAGGCAGGAGGCAUGAAGGUGUGCCAGCCACUGUGUCAGUCACCUUAUAAGCAGAUUUUCUGAGACCUGCUAACAGCCAUGUGAGUGACCUUGGAAGUAGGUUGUCACCAGUCAAGCCUUGAGAUGACUGCAGCCAUGACCCACAGCUUGACUACAACCCAGAGAGACACUGAGCCAGGAACACCCAGCUGAAGUGCCUCCAAACCCCGACCCACAGCGACUGUGAGAUAAUCAGUGUUUGUUGCCUUAAGCCACGAAGUUUGUGAUAAUUUGUUUCUCGGAAACAGAUAACUAAUACAGAGCAGGAAGCAGAUCGCCUCAGUGAAGGUCACACUGCAGCACUAUUGAUUUCUAAAGACUCAUGUUACGUGAGGAAGCAGCUCAGAAGAGGAAAGAAAAGGAGCCAGGCAUGGCUCUUCCUCAGGGACACUUGACUUUUAGGGAUGUGGCUAUAGAAUUCUCUUUGGAGGAGUGGAAAUGCCUGGACCCUACGCAGAGGGCUUUAUACAGGGCCAUGAUGUUGGAGAACUACAGGAACCUGCAUUCUGUGGAUAUCUCUUCCAAAUGCAUGAUGAAGAAGUUCUCAUCAACAGCACAAGGCAAUACAGAAGUGGACACAGGGACAUUAGAAAGACAUGAAAGUCAUCACAUUGGAGAUUUUUGCUUCCAGAAAAUUGGGAAAGAUAUUCAUGACUUUGAGUUUCAAUGGCAAGAAGACAAAAGAAAUAGCCAUGAAGCAACUAUGACACAAAUCAAAAAGUUGACUGGUAGCACCGACAGAUAUGAUCGAAGGCAUCCUGGAAACAAGCCUAUUAAAGAUCAGCUUGGAUUAAGCUUUCAUUCGCAUCUUCCUGAACUCCACAUAUUUCAGACCCAAGGGAAAGUUGGUAAUCAAGUUGAGAAGUCUAUCAACGAUGCUUCCUCGGUUCUAACAUCCCAAAGAAUUUCUUCUAGGCCCAAAAUCCAUAUUUCUAAUAAUUAUGAAAAUAAUUUCUUCCAUUCGUCAUUACUCACACAAAAACAGGAAGUACACAUGAGAGAAAAAUCUUUCCAAUGUAAUGAGAGUGGCAAAGCCUUUAAUUUUAGCUCACUCUUAAGGAAACAUCAGAUAAUCUAUUUAGGAGGCAAACAAUAUAAAUGUGAUGUAUGUGGCAAGGUCUUUAAUCAGAAGCGAUACCUUGCAUGCCAUCAUAGAUGUCACACUGGUGAGAAACCUUACAAGUGUAAUGAAUGUGGCAAGGUUUUUAAUCAACAAUCAAACCUUGCAAGUCAUCAUAGACUUCAUACUGGAGAGAAACCUUACAAAUGUGAAGAAUGUGACAAAGUUUUUAGUCGCAAAUCAAAUCUUGAAAGACAUAGGAGAAUUCAUACUGGAGAGAAACCAUACAAAUGUAAGGUUUGUGACAAGGCUUUCAGGCGUGAUUCACACCUCGCACAACACACUAGAAUUCACACUGGAGAGAAACCUUACAAGUGUAAUGAGUGUGGCAAAGCCUUUAGUGGGCAGUCAACACUUAUUCACCAUCAAGCAAUCUAUGGUAUAGGGAAACUUUAUAAAUGUAAUGAUUGUCACAAAGUCUUCAGUAAUGCUACAACCAUUGCAAAUCAUUGGAGAAUCCAUAAUGAAGAGAGAUCUUCCAAGUGUAAUGAAUGUGGCAAAUUUUUUAGACAUCGUUCAUAUCUCGUAGUUCAUUGGCGAACUCAUACUGGAGAGAAAGCUUACAAGUGUAAUGAGCGUGGCAAGACCUUCAGUCAGACAUCAUCCCUUGUAUGCCAUCAUAGACUUCAUACUGGAGAGAAACCUUACAAGUGUAAUGAGUGUGGCAAGACCUUCCGUCACAAUUCAGCCCUUGUAAUUCAUAAGGCAAUUCAUACUGGAGAGAAACCUUACAAGUGUAAUGAAUGUGGCAAGGUUUUUAAUCAACAGGCAACCCUUGCACAUCAUCAUAGACUUCAUACUGGAGAGAAACCUUAUAAGUGUAAUGAAUGUGGCAAUGUUUUUAAUCAACAAGCAACCCUUGCACGUCAUCAUAGACUUCAUACUGGAGAGAAACCUUACAAAUGUGAAGAAUGUGACAAAGUUUUCAGUCGCAAAUCACACCAUGAAACACAUAAGAGAAUUCAUACUGGAGAGAAACCUUACAAAUGUGAUGAUUUUGACGAGGCCUUCAGUCAAGCUUCAUCUUAUGCAAAACAAAGGAGAAUUCAUAUGGGAGAGAAACAUCACAAGUGUGAUGAUUGUGGCAAAGCCUUUACUUCACAUUCACAUCUCAUUAGACAUCAGAGAAUCCAUACCGGACAGAAAUCUUACAAAUGUCAUAAGCGUGGCAAGGUCUUCAGUUAGAGGUCACUCCUUGCAAAACAUCAGAAAAUUCAUUCCUGAGAUAAUUGUUCCAAAUGCAAUGAGUAUAGCAAACCAUCAAGCAUUAAUUGACAUUAGAGUCAAUUCAGCAUUGACUUGAGUUUCAGUUGACUUGACAUUGAGUUCAAGCAUUAAUUGACAUUAAAGUGUUUACGUUAAGAGGAUUGGGCUGGGCAGGGUGGCUUACACCUGUAAUCCCAGCACUGUGGGAGGUCAAGACGGAUAGAUCACUUGAGGUCAGGAGUUUGAGACCAGCCUGGCCAAAAGACGUGAGCCACUUUUCCUAGCCUGUUUUUUGUUUCUGAUAGAGAUUUUUAUGGGUAUUGUGUUGAAUCUAAAUCACAUUGGGUUAUAUAAUCAUUUAAUAAUAUUAACCUUUCCAAUCCAUCAAUAUGGGCCAUAUCUCUAUUUAUAUAUGUUUUUAAUCAUUUUGAUCAAUGUUUGUAGAUUUCAAGGUACAAACUUCUCACCUUUUUACGUUUAUUCCUAAAUAUUUCUUACUGUAAGUUCUCUAGCAAAUGGAAGUGUUUUCUUAAUUUUCUUUUAAAAUUGUUUAUUGUUAAUGUAUAGAAAUUUAACUAAUUUUUGGUACUGAUAUUGUAUUCUGCAAAUACACUGUGUUUAUUAGUUUCAGU